CAAUCGAUUAUACAUAGACAUAAGAUGAAGAAUAAGACUACUAGUACAAAGCAAUCAUCAUCUUUGAAUACAAGUAAACAGACAAGCAUACAGAAGAAUAGAAAGUAUGCAUUUGUAUUGGCACUGAUAGGAGGUGUAUUUGCAUCACUCAGUUCAGUGUUUGGCAAGAUAGUUGUUGAUACCAACUUCCUGUCAUUGUAUAUAUCUCAAGAGAAGGUCGACUAUGCCAUUAGACUGGUAAGCUUUGCAGGAAUAUUCAUAUGUACUACUAUGCAAUGGAGGUACUCUGCCAAGAGUAUGGAUCUGUCAUCAUCACUCUCUGCGACAGUGAUUGCAACUGCUUCAAACUUCUUCUUCUCAGCAUUCUUUGGAUGGUUGUUCUUUAAAGAGUUCCUGGCGCCUCAAUGGUGGAUUGGUGCAACAUUCAUUGUCACCGGAUUGUUCCUGAUGAAUGCUGACUCUGAGAAACAACCUCAACCAUCUUCAUCAUCAAGUAAGAAGAAUAAA